UUUAUCUUCUACUGUAGAGAGGAAAACCAGUGACAUGUAUGACCUUUUAGCUCUUAUUUUGAUUUAAGAAUGGGUUCACUUUGAACAAAGGAUAUUAUUUCAUUAUAAAUCCAUCAGGUAGAGUUCCCUGUGAUUUCCUUCUUAAAAAAGGCUUUUUGGGGUAACACCCAAAGGAAAUAUUUUUCUUUGUAUUGAUUCCAAACUCUAUAAAUGUGGUUCUUAAAAUCCAUAUUCAUUUUAAAUAUUUUAAAUAUAUCCUACCACAGAUAGGCAUAGCAAUUCAUAGCCUUUUUAAGGCCACAGUUGUUAGCAUCUACUGUAUCAAGUUCCUGGCAGCCUAUCAAGAUAAUUACAUGACUGCUGGGGGAACAGCACAUUAACUCUGAAAACCUGACUGUAGCAAAACUAUAUUGGCUGAAAUCAAGUGAGCCAAAUGUUUAAAUGCACAGAGGAUUCUCCCCCCCCCCAAUCUAUAAUGGUGGUCUACUGCAUUGUCUGUGCUGCAUGGUGCUCUUGUAGCAGAUUUCUCAUGAAAUAGAUUGCUGACCAAGUGAAAUGGCCCAAACAAUUGUUCUAACAAAUAUGCCUGAGGUAGGCAGCGCCAAACAAUGAAAAAUGUUCCAGAAAUUUAUGAGAGAGCACUUUGCAGAUUUCUAUGAAUAUGUGCAACAUCAGAAGGGCAGGGGAAGGAGAGUCAAUUCAUUUAGUGCAAACCUUCUGAAGUACAGCAUGUCCUUACCUAAAAGCAGGGCAUCCUUUGCGGAACAUGAACCCUCAACUUCUAUUGAGGAAAGGUCAGUGCCCAUAAGCCAUAGAUUUAGUAUUAGCAGAGGAGGAAGCCUCUUAAGACCAUCUGCUGCUUAUAUAGGUAUUGUACCUAUGGAAAAUGUCAGCAGCCUGGGCACACGGAUAUCCCGCAGAGCUCUGGGGAUAAGCAGUGUCUUCUUACAAGGUCUUCAUAGUUCCUGUACAACCAUACCGCUAUUCCACGGAUUGGAAAAAGAACGAAGCCUAUCUUAUGAAAAUAUGAAUAGAUGCUUGGUGGAUUACAUUGAAAAGGUGAAAACUUUGGAGCAAGUCAACCAGGAACUUGAAGGACAUAUCCGUGCUUACCUGAACAAGAAAUCUUCUGCUGACAGUAAAUGGGGAUCUCUAAGGGAGAGCUGGGCAACCAUUUAUCAUCAAGUAGGAGAUGCAGUACUGGAAAAUGCCCGCCUCAUGUUGCAAACAGAAAGUAUUCAAGCGUGUGCUGAAGAUGUUAAAGACAGGUAUGAAAAUGAGCAACCAUUUCGAAAGGCAGUGGAAGAUGAAAUUAACUCUCUCUAUAAAGUAAUUGAUCAUGCUAAUUUGACUAAAGUAGACCUGGAGAGUCAGAUAGAAAACAUGAAGAAAGAACUAGCUUUACUGUCAAAGAAUCACGAAGAGGAUAUCAAAAUGCUUUACAAACAGCUUGCUUUAUCACCACUGGAAGAAUCAGAAACCUCCAUUGGAAUUAGCCUGGAUGACAUUUUGAAGAAAAUCCAGAUUCAAUGGGAGAAAAAUAUUGAACAAAACUAUGCUGAGACUGGUAUCUUGCUCCAUGCUAAGCAAUCCACAGAAACAGUGCCUGCUGUACAAACACAAGAGGCAGAGUUGGCUGAAUCCCUAAGGGCAGAGUUUCAUGAAACAGCUUGCAAAAUUCAAAGCCUGCAAGUAGAGACUGAAUCACUAAAAACACUGAAGAGAGGCUUAGAAAACUCUCUUUACGAUGUCAAGCAUUGGCAUGACAUAGAGCUUCAGAAUUUAGGCUCUGUCAUUGCCAAACUGGAAGCAGAAGUAAGAGAAAUCCAAGGAGAAACUGAGCAGCAGCAAAGAAAUCAUGAAACUCUACUGUCCAUUAAAACACAACUCGAGUCAGACAUUGCUGCAUAUCACUGCCUUCUAGAGAAGGAAAGCAGCUGAUUUCUUUCUCGUCAGAAGACAAUUAUUACCAUUUGAAGAAAAGUAUUUCAUUGGCAAGUGUUCAUGGAAAACAUGACAAUAAAGUUUCUGUUUGAUUUGUCAAUCUAAGCAGGCCAACUUGCGUAAUUAUAUUAAAUGCCCUAAAUGACUGCUUUGCAUAAAAAGUAUAACAGAAUAAAAUAUUAGCUUCCAGUACUGCUGUCCAAUUUUUAAAAAAUACCAAGCAACUAAAACAAUUCUACAAUUUUAUAUAUGUAACUUAGAAGUUGUACUCCAGUGAUCACAGUGGGAUUUACUUAUGUUUUAUUUAAAGGAAUAACUGAGGAAUCAGACUGGCAGAAUAGUAUAAUCUAAAUUGUAUUUUUGCAGAACAAACUUUGUGCACUAUUCACUAGAAAUAUUUAUGCUAACCUUAUAAGGUACUUUGGAGUUUGUCUAUUUGUUAUUGAUUGCACUCUCCAAGAAUGGAUGUUUUCUAGGUUACCUUUUCUGUUUAAUCUUGAACAAUGAUCUUAACAGAGCCCUAAACUAGGAAGUGAAUAUUUGAUACUACCAAUUUAGCCAAAAAAGACAACUAUAUUUUUUAAAAUUAAAAUCUGUUUGAGGAGGCAUACUGAAUCAUACCUCAAACUGAAAUGGUUUUAUCCCUGUCUCCAUUGAAGUUUUUUAAUUUCAUACAUAUCCACAAUAGUGAUUUUUAUUUUAAUCAGGUAGUAAUAGGGAUGAAGUGUAUCCUAGAGAUUUUCUCCUAUGGAGCAAAUUGUAAUUUUGCGAAGAGUGAAUAUUCAGAUUAUGCAAAGAGAUUAAUGUUGAUUUCCCCUUUCAUGAUCCCAAUCCAAUUCAAUAUUCUCCCCUCUCCAGAGAAGCUAUGAAGCUUCGAAAGUUUCAAAAUGCAAAAUCUACUACCAUAUUCCCUGAGAAGAAAGUUCUGGACAAUUCCAGAAUGUUCCAUUUAAAGAAAAAUCUUUUGUUAAAAAGUUUUGCACAACUCUUUAAAAAAUAGAGCAUUGCAUUAGAAAUGCACAGUAAUUUCAUCUCAAUUCAUUUGACCUAAGAAAUAAUUCCCCAUAGCAACAUUUAAAAAAUGUUGACUAACAUCUAGAAAAGUGUAUGUGAAAUAAGAGUUCUUUCAGCAAUCAGAAACUUCAAAUCCUAACUCAAAUCAAUCUCAGUGCUCAUAAUAUUCACAAUAGAUUGUUUCUUUUUGGGGGGAGGGGACACAUUUCUGAUCAUGCAUCAAUCUGACAUGAAGUGCUUUUAUUACUCCAAGCAAAAAGAUCUAUAAAGUUAUAAAACUAAAUAGGUCCAUUUACAGAUAGUUUCAUGGUUCUCCUUAUUUCCCUCGUUUUUCUUUUGUGACUGUGAUGGUCAAAAGAAUAAUAAAAGAAUAAACUGACUUUUAUAAUGGUAAGUAAAAGUUUUACAAAUACUAUACAUUUCAACGUUUAGCACCCUAAUCUUACUUCAAAUACAUGCUGCAAUUUCAAUUCACAAUAUUAGGUCAGCUAAUAAAGUUUUUAAAUGAACGUAAUUUGCAAAAAAUAAGGAAAAAACCCCUUUUGGAAUAAUAAACAUGGUUUAAAUGAGAGAUCCUUACACACAAUACUCAACAUAACUGGUUGCAUUUAACAUAGUAUAUUUUAAUAUAUGGAACUAAGCUGUGCCUCUACAUCAUGGCAGGAUUGUGUCUUGACUUUGUGCAUCCGUUAUAAGACCUUAAAAUUGUUAACGACUUGGGAGCAAAACCUUUUAAAUUCAUUUUUCUGGUAAUUCUAAAGGGAACUUUACUGUAGAAUAUAAAAAGCACGAGAAAAAGCAACUAGAAGGUUAUUAUCUGACUAUAGGCGGUUCCAAACUCAGGUCAAGAAGAUAAUUAAAAGGAGAACCGUCUGAUACCAAUAAGCCAAUUUUUUUUUGACCUUUGCCGUCUACUUUCCUCCACGCUUAGGAGAAGUCACUAGAAGUCAAAUUGCGCAGACUCCUCUCCCGCCUCAUAGCGCAUGCCCCUAAGCUCCGCCCACUUUACGCUAACGAAUCACUUCUCAAAAUUCUACUGUCCCCAUGCAUGCGCACUAGAUAAUUCAGCGGCAGGAAUUCCUAACGUUCACUGCUGCCGGCACUCACUAC